AUCGAUCAUUCCGGGUUCGGGAGUCGGUGCAAAGUAGAUGCAAGUUGGUGUGCCUAUUUGAGAGGACGCAUACUGCACAAGGACAGUUGGGAUAGUCAAAGAACUGUUUCUAAGAUAUGCAGGUGUGUGAAAAUAACUGUUGCUUCUGCAUAAGUAAUCCGUGAUACAGGUGUAUUAGUAACAAAGAUGUUGCUAACUGUUAUUGUGUCGUGAAAAAUGUCGAGAAGCGACGGUGGCGAGCCUUCGAUACGAAACACGAUUUGAAACGUUCCGUUCGCAACGUUGCUGCACACCGCGCCAGUGCUGACGAUUAUGAUGAGAUAACAAACGCAGAAUGAAAUACAGUGGUGAUAACCUUCUCGGUUAUGCAGUUUACGCGUAUAUUCUAUCUUUUAACGUUAUUCAUGCAGAAAGUGGGGUCACUUGCAAAGAUCAACAAGGAAGAUCUUCUGAAAAUACUUUUAUAUAUAUUCCCGGCCCUGAACCCUGUACGCUGUGUGUAUGUGAUAAUGGCAAUCCAAAAUGGUGUAAAGCGCUUGUUUGCAAGUAUGCAGAGGAAUAUUGCAAAUCUUCCGGUGCUAUCUGCUGUCAAUACAUUUGUAUGGAUGAUGCAAUGUUAUCUAUACCAAAUGACAAAACAGACGGGAUCGGUAGCAAUACAACAGAUGCUACCACAAAUUAUGACAUAGGACUACGAUCCGUUGCUAGUUUUGUGACAGCAGUGUUAUCACUGAGUUUAUUACUUUUUUUCAUACAUCGAUUCCGCCAAAGGAAGAUACGAGUUUGUGUGGCAGGACGACAAAACAGACAGUUGGCAGAGGACCAAAGAAACUUAGGUAGUACGGGAUAUUUAGAACGAGAUGGACUGUCACACGGUGUCCCUAUGGAUGACAUUCCCUAUGGAUGUGGAGUUAGUUAUCCGUUAUGGAAACCACCUAGCAAUUACUUUCCGCGCGGGGAAGCGCCGCCUCCGUACGAAGAGGCGGUAGCAGCGGCACGAGCAGAACAAGCACUUUUAUCGAUGAACCCGCAAGCACUUCCGCAGCUGAAUUAUCCAAACAGCUAUUUGCCAAAUACCAAUAGCCAUACAAGUAUAUCACUAGUAGGAAGCGCACAAAGUGGAAUAAACAGCAAUUCGACGACGAUAGUUUGCGACGCCAGUAUCGCGAAUCAAAAUGGCUUAAUCUCAGCACCGAACAGACCAAUAUCAAAUCCGAACAUAUAUGCCAGUUAUCGUCAAAUGAAUCAAAGUGAAAUGGUACCUCCAAGUGUUAGCGUAGGAACUUCUACGACGAGUUUCACAAUGGGAACAAAUACUUAUGAGAAUUUGCCAGCACCCAUUGGAAUACCCAACUUUGUUAACCAGCAUACCGAUGUAGUUGUACAACCUAACUUACAGCCAGUAUCCACUUUACCACCUAUUUUACCGAAAAAUUAUCAAACGCAUACCACUCUCCCUCGUCAAGCUGGAGCAUUCACAAUAUCUGCGACUUUAUCAAAUUCAAACGUGGCUACUCAUCGUACGAUUCCUAAAAUUUUAACGACACGUACUGGAGCGAAGCUUCAGGAAAUUAUAAAUGAUUGCACUCAGAUAGAAUUUCUACGACCCGCGAUAACGACAGAUGUUAAUAUAGUGAAUAUACCUUCGCCACAUUCGACGCCACAAAACGUUAACGUAACAAAAUUGGAAAAUACAAAUACGAAUCCUAGCACAUUCUAUGAAGACAUACAAUUACAACCACCUCCUCCUCUGGCAACUUCUUCGGGAUUACAACCUGCAAGGCAAUUGCUAGAUCAAAAAAUUGUCAAGCCUCACGAUUUCAAGCCCCCGUUAAGCGUAGCCAAUGAAAUCAACGAGGAAGGAAGUUUUGAAUCAGUAGCGUGUACUUGCAGUAUGCAAGCUCUUCCUACUUUACAUGACGAUGCAGAUGAUUACAGAAGCGAAUGUGAGAAUUGUAAAAGCGCAACGGGCUCUCGUUACUACUUGGAUAACGAGGAUGAAUUAGUUACUUCGCCGCAUGAAACUAUGACGUUACAUAGAAGACCAGAUGAAACGAGUUUGAAUGCUACCCCACAGUAUUAUAGAACGUCACUCACACUGCCUAUAAGUACCAGACAGAGAACAAGGAGCACAGGCGUUCGCGAGAAUUGGUUCAACCCUAUGCCUCAAAGUUCCACAGAAUCAUCGGACGAAAAUUAGUUACCAACACACUUUCCAUGUGUCAUAUAAUUAUUAUUAAAUUUAUGAUACAUUGCCAUUGAUUAAAAAUCAUUAUUAUUGCGGUUGAACAAUGCUCAUAUUUUAUUAUGUUGCAGGCAACAGUAUUAUAUUGUUGUCAAUGGAAUAUUAGUAAGUAUUCCAAUGAAAUGUUUUUCUGUUCUUUACUGUAUGUAAACUAUUAACAUCUACUCAUGACAAUGUAAGACGAGAAAAAUGAGUACUUUUUUGCUCCCAUAGUUUUUCCUUACAUGUUAUUAAACUAUGAGAGCAAAGUUUAGAUACAUAUGUAUUAUUAUAUAACAACUUACGAUUUCAAAUAAGUUCAACUUAACAACACACAUUAAAGAAAAAGUAACAGUAUGACAUCUUUAGACCGGUUGUAAACUGUGUUCGAUGCAUAUCAUUCGUUAAAUAAUAAUCGAAAAUGCAAUUUUUA